AUGGUUUUAGUACAUCAAGAUAAUCAGCUUCGAGGAUCGUGGAAAUUGGGAAAGGUUGAGAAACUGAUUAAAGGUGAUGACCACAAAGUUAGAUCUGCAAUUGUAAAGGUUAAUGGAGAAGGAAGAAAAGCAAACCAGUUGAAGAGACCUAUCAAUAAACUAUAUUCAUUGGAAGUAAGAUCGCAAGACGAAGACAAAUCAAACUCAGCGAGUGUACCCGAGACGCAAGCCAAUAUAGAACAGUUGGUUCAGGAUCAACAGGAGACUACACCGCGAAGAAGAGCUGCAGUAAUGGCAGAUAUGAUCAGGAAGCAAUGGAUAAGAGAUGAGUACAUUUAA